AUGCGACGGGUCAAGGUAGAGCCUCGCCCAAACGCCAUUCGCCUGGUGCAAAGUCAGGGACUUGUGUACAACGUCUUGAACGACCCAAUCCCGGGAGAGGUAAAGCGGGAGCAUUAUUGGAACGACAACCGCUACUAUGCCUUUACAGUUGAAGAGACGGAGCUACUUGACCGCGCCGCCACGGACGUUUUCAACAUGCUUUGUGAAGCGUCCGAACACCUGACGGAAAACCCCGAAGAGCUUUCCAAACUCGGUAUUCCAUCCUACUGUUUCAAACAGAUCAUCGAAAGUUGGGACCGCGAACCCGCCUUUGGGAGCGUUUAUUCCCGCUUCGACAUUUGUUUCGGAGGGUUAAACCAUCCAGACCCGCGCCUCCGUGUGCCCAAAUUCUAUGAAAUCAACGCCGAUACGCCAGUUACACUUUUGGAAGCUUCGUCGAUUCAAUGGUUCUGGCUCGAACAGACCGGUCACGGGCCAGAUCAACACAACGUUAUUGAUGAAUGUCUCGUCGAGGCCUGGCAAAGAAACCUGGCCGAGGUCGAGGUUCGCCUCGGGUUUAAACCUAAAGUUAUUCAUUUUGCCAGUUCCUGGGAUCCAUGGGGCGAGGACAGAUUCAACGCCUUCGUGCUCGCGGAUACAUGCCACGAAGCCGGAUACAAGACAAAAAACAUCAUCGUCGAGGACAUCGGACUGGGGCCUGAUGGCCGUUUCUACGACCUGGACGGCGUACACAUCCAAGUGAUUUUCAAAAUGUACCCGUGGGAUUACAUGAUGAAAGAUGAGUUUGGCAAGGCCUGCUUCGCCGAUAUGGAGAAGGCUGAUGGUACCAUCUGGUUUGAAGCUCCCUACAAGCUUAUGUGGAGCAGCAAAGCCAUUUUUGCCGUCCUUUGGGACAUGUUCAAGGACGAUCCACGAAGCCAAUGGCUACUGCCUACAUACUUCGAGGCCGAAAAACCUGCCUCGAUGACGCGCUAUGCACGCAAGCCCUUCUUCUCUUUCGAAGGCCGUGGCGUAACCCUGAUUGAAGACGAAUGGGUGGUUGACCAUGUUGAUCCUUUCGAACAUGACGGCGGCGAGGGUUACGUGGUACAGGAGCUAGCCUUGCUGCCUGAAUUUCAAGACGAGGAAACUGGUGAAAUGUUCCACCCGCUCAUCGGCCUUUGGAUGAUCGACGGAGAUCCGGCGGGAUUCGGCAUUCGAGAGGAUUUGGGCCUGGUGACGCAGUCCGAUUCUUCGUUUGUUCCGCACGUGGUCGAGGACGCUAAAGAGGUUUCCUACGAAAGGAAGCCAGUGCCGACCUUGGAAGAGAUUGAAGCUUCGUUGUCCGUGGAAACGUACAACAGUGGAGUGUCAUUGGAGGAUGACAAGAACGAGGACUUGUUUGCUUAUAUUAACAGUGUGGUGUCAUGUGGACAAGCUUUGGAAGGAAUCAAGUUGGUUUAA